AUGCGUAUUAUUUAUAUAAAAACUGAAAGUUUAGCAUUAAAAUAUACUCAUUCUUAUUGAAUUUUAUGCAAAAACAAUUAAAAAUAAAUAAAUUCAUGCUAAAAAUGGAUAUAGUAAUAUGACUAAAAGAAGGGCGCGUCAAAAAAGGGCCAUAGGAGCCUAUAUAAUUGAUCUAGAAGGGAAAAGACAUAGCUUUGACUCAUUUUACUGGUUCGAGCAGCACAAUUUGCCAUGCGUGAUUGUCAAUUGUAUGAAAAAGUGGAAAGCAAGAAAGGAAUGAUUCCCUCCAUGAGAUCGGUUAAAGCUUUUAAUAGACUCCACAUCUCUUAUUGACGUUGCCGUUGCUAAUGAAAAUGCUGAAUUUUCAGGCGCGAAUAGAGAGCAACAAUAUCUAGCUCUCUCUAUAUAAUUAUUUAUAUAAAAAUGAUAUUAUUUCUUUUAAAAUUAAAAUAGUUUCUUUAUUUACCCUUUAAAUUAUUAGUAAAGUAAGUGUUUCUUUUUAUGAAUUUCUUUCCUUAUCCGUACUUUAUGCCCAACAAGGCGUCAGCAUGUAUAUGGCGCAAUGCCCUAUUCUCUCCCAGACUCAUACAAAAGAAGAAAAAGGCUUAUGCCCUCUCUUGCAAGACAUCAAAAUUCCUAGAAUUGUCCAAAAUAAAGAGCUUGAAAUAAACCUGUGAAUGAAUAUUCAUCCUACCAAAUCCGCAUUUCAUUAUGACUCAUAUUUAAAUUUACUCUGUAUCGUGCAUGGGCAGAAAGAUUUAGAGCUGCACCCUCCCAGUUCUUAUGUCCGCUGUGAGUCUUUGUUUUCUGAAUCAUAUAACCACUUAACAUCAGAAUUUAAGCACCAAGGAACAAAAAUAUCAUUAAAGCCUGGACAAAUUUUAUUUAUACCUGAAGGAUGGUGGCAUAAAGUAAAUUCAACUGCCAAUACUGUUGCAUUGAGUAUGUGGUGGAAAGGAAUUGACCAAGGGACUCUUCAUGAAAGUAAAAAAUAUAUAGAUCUUGGAGGAAGCCUUGAUUUUUAUUUGGCAAAAAGCUGUAUUAGAAGGCUUGUUAUUCAGCAUGCAGAUUUAAUGAUUGAAAGAAAAAUUAAAAAAUUAGGAAAAAUUGAAGAAAAAGUGCUAGAAAAUAUUAGGGCAGGAGAUACAGAGUUUAUUUUUGAAGCUCUAGAAAGUGUGAGCCCCCUUCUGAUACUUAAGGUCAUUUUUAGUUAGGAAAUCCCAACUCCUUCUCUUAAAAGACUUCUCCUGAAAAUAAAGCACAGAGGAAAUUUAUUUGAAUUUUUAAGGUCACUUGACGAUCAAGCUCUUUAUAUCCUCAUAACUAAGCUUGAAGAAUUUGACUAUGAUGCAGAUUCUUCAGUUUACUAUGCUGAACUGUGGGGUGGUAUUGAAAAUGCUGAAGAUAUAAUUCAGUACUUAUUGACUAUCAAAAAAAAUAUUACCAUGGACUCGUUUUCAAGAGUUUUAAAACACAUUGUUUAA